AUGCAAGGUAGCUGCGAGGGCCACUGUCUGAACAGAGGCACUUCUCUGCAGAGUGCCAGCGGGGCGCGCCAGUGUCGCUGUCUACCCCAGUUCAGCGGCAGCACCUGCGAGGUGGACAAGUGUCACUACUGCAGCAACGGCAAGUGUAUCCCCACCAACUCCUUCCAGCCCACAGGAGAGGUCACCUGCAUCUGCACAAAUGGCAGAGUCCAGCUCAGCUGCUACACAUGUGAUGAAUACUGUGCUAAUGGACAGUGCUCUGUCAACCCACACACACACCAGAGUGCAAGCUGGGUGGGGCAUCGCUGUGAGGCGGUGGCCUCCUCAGAGUCUGGUGGACGUACUGCCUCCAUAGUGAUCCCACUGUUGAUGCUGCUGUUGUUGGUUAUGUUGGUGGGAGGAGCUGUGUUCUGGUACAGGAGGAGGAUGAGUGGGGCCAAGGGCUUCCAGCACCAGAGGAUGACUAACGGGGCCAUGAACGUAGAGAUAGGAAACCCAGCGUACAAGAUCUACGAGGGUGAGCCAGACGAUGAUGCCGGGGAUCUUCUAGACUCAGACUUCACACUGGACCCAGACAAGCCCACCAACUUCACCAACCUAGUGUACGCCACACUGUACAUGGGAGCCCACAACAGCCGCAACUCCCUGACCAGCACAGAUGAGAAGAAGGAGCUUCUGUCACGGGGGGAUGAGGAGCCUCUGGUGGACCUGCUAGCAUAA